AAUACCUGAGGUACUCCGUGUUUCUCCUCAGAAGUUACUCUGUGUUUCUGCCAGCUUCACACAGCCAGUCCCGGUGUUUGAGACGUAAUAUCUGCAGACUAAGGAUGUGUGCGUCUGGACGGCCAAUCACACUUCUGCUGUUUUGCUUGUUCAUCUCAGCUACCUCCUCCCCUGUUUCCGUUUACACGCCUGCUCCACCUCUUCCUUUGCAGAUUUCGCCUCCCUCUCCCUCAGCUAGGAUCCUCCCGUCUCCACCCUCUUCUCCUCUCAGCGUCUCAGAGGUCGGCUGCCCGCUGACGCUGACCCCCUCCUCUCUGGUGGUCAGGUUUGGAGAACCAGUCACAGCCAACUGCUCUUUAUCGAGGGCGGGGUUUAUAGGUGUUGGUUGGGUAGUCUCACUGGCAGCUCCUGAGUUCACGAUGGAUUGUUUUCUGGUCUGGAGAGUGGAGAGGAUGACUGAAUGGAGCAUGAAGCCUGUGUGUUAUGCGAUGUCUGACCAGGGAGGGCAGUGCCAAAGAAACCUUUCUCUGACAGUCUACAAGCCUCCAGAGAUUGUGUCCAUCAGCUUCGUAAAUCACACCGGGCCGAUGUCUGAGGGUCAGCAGUACACUCUGCAGUGUGAAGUUCAGGAUGUUGCUCCUGUGGAAAACCUCACAGUGACUUUCUACAGAGGACAGACGGCACUGGGUCCCACGCAGAGCAGCAUAAACACAGAUGAGAAACCAGUGAGUGAAGUCUUUACUUUGAACAUCACCUCCACUAAAGAAGAUGAUGGAGUCGAGUUCUGGUGUGAAGCAAAGCUGGAGCUGGGAGCUGACGGACCACAGCCUCCAGUGGUGGAGUCAGAGAAACUCACUGCUGCUGUCCUCUUUGGUCCACAGCUCAUGUGUCCCACUAAGCUGCGGGUGAGGGAGGGGGAGAGCCUGAGCUGCGAGGCGAGAGGAAACCCCCCGCCAUCCGUCACCUGGUUCAGAGACGGAGAGGUGGUCGCCCUGCCUACUAACUCCAGCAGAGAGCAUGCUGGGAAUUACACAGUUACUGCAAAGUCUCUUCUGGGACAGACGCGUUUCACAGUGGAAGUGGAGGUUCUCCCUGGCACAGGAACUACCAACAGUUACAAUGGGCAUUUCCUGUUGGCCGUCUUGCUUAUUUGGACGAUCAACUGGUCGUAAAAACUAAGGACUCAACGUGAUGUGUGAUGAUUUUUAUUCCAAAAAUCUGCUUCUGCUGUGAGAAACGUUUGUCAGUGAAAACUCGUUCCGUCUCCCUUUCCUGCAGUGUGAUAUGUUUUUAUGCAUGUAAAUGGUCUGCAAAGGAUACAAUCCCAAAGUUCCCCAGAGGGAGUUUCUAAGUAGCAGAUAAACCUCUCUGCUUCGAGAGAUUCUGCACAGGUACAUUUUCUUAAAAUAACUUUUAAUCUGAUCUUUAUGUAAUCCGCACAAACUAACUUCCAUAUAUUCAAGACUGAAAGCUGCUGUAGAAAUAAUUCACAAUGUAUUUUCGUACAUUUCACUAAUCAAAACUCGUACUGCCAUAAAGAUUUUAUGGACACAAAACAAUGUUUGUGUCGUGUGUACAGCUGUUUUUUUCUGUAGUAUAAGAUACUAACAGGUGGUGUCCAGACUUUUGAAAUGCUCCAGAUCCUUCAUUAAAGUCAUGUUCAUUCUGCUGUGUAUUAAAAUGCUGAAUUCUCCUGUCGAA